CAGAUCUUCAGUAGCACUAGCAUCUCGACGCUACGGCAAGGCAUUUUAGAUGGUCAUGAUCCAGCUCCGCGGAAACCAUUCGGAUUUCGCCGAGUCCUCCAUGAGGCUACUGUCCGAGUGAAGCUCGAGUUUAUCCCCGAACCCUGGGCGGGAUCCCGCAUCUCCACUUUGUUUCAGUGUCCAAGCACUACAAUUCCAGUAGCUACUUACCAUUGUCAACAUCACUGCAUCGUUCUGAAUUGUAGAAGCUGCCUACGCCCAACCAGUCUACCUGUUUCCGCGUGUGGAAAUGGACGCCCAAGCGAGCACUACUGUUCACUCACUGCCCCCUGAAAUAUUAUCUCAUGUCUUCGGGUUUCUGGCUGGCGCAGCCCCAUCAGAGGCACUCCAUGGCCAACCCAGCGAUGACAUGCUGGCGGCCAACAUCCGUACUCAAAACCUCAAGGCCAUCUCGCUCGUAAGCCGACAAUGGCGCUCCAUCGUACUGCCACAGCUAUAUCGCAACAUCGUCUGGAGACCCGAGGUGUCAUCGCUGAGCAACUUGAGCCUCCAACCUGUCGCGCUCUUGCGAUUCAUCCUGGACAAUGCGCUGGCAUCCUACGUCUCCACCUUCACCAUGCUCGUGACCUUCGCCGAGGAUGAGAUCGAUGCCAGACAGAUCCCGCAUCAAAUACGUCCGGCUGAUUUGGAAUGGCUUUGGGAUCGCUUGUUUUCCGUUAUCGACCCUCUAAGGUUCACCGUCAUUGCCCCACCUACCACCCUGGCGGCUCUCCUCAAUCGGAUGCUCUUCCUGGACGAUGCGUGGUCGUUCAAUAUCCCGUAUCAUGUUCUUUCGCUGGCUCGUCCGGCCCGUACCAGCACACCGGGGCGUUCAGCGGAAACGCUGACCAUCCACUCCCACCCGGCUGAGUUGAAAGUAUCGUCGUCGUCGCCGAGUUCUGCAGGACCACCCUCUUCGACGUCAGCCCCAAGCGCCCCUUCAUGUAAGACCCCAGAGCCGGCACCUCCCUGCGCGCUUUUCAACCUUCGUCCCUGGACCUCGAUCUUGUUGAACGAAGGCUCGUCGACAAGAGUCUACUCAAGCUACGAAUUCUUCCUUCGGUCUCCCCCAUCCAUACUCAGUGCUCUACUAGGAUUUGGAGAAUAUCCCAACAACGCGCCACUUCUGCCAGGUACCAUUGUAGAUUUUAACUACAUCGCCAUCUUCCCUCUGUCGUCGCACUUCUACACGCUGAUUUCGAAUUUGCCCAAGGUCGAUCGGCUCUUCGUGCAGCUAACGCCAAGACCUGGGAACCAGUUGCUGCAGGAUCGCACGGCGAUGAAGAAUGUUGAUAUGGCGGACUUGUGGAUGGAACGUAAUACGUCAUACAGCUAUCUGAUUGGCCAAUUGACCGUUCCCACGCCCGCGGACAACUGGGCUACCCUCAAGGUCUUCGAGAGCGGUGAUGCGGCUGACAAGGAGUCAUGGGAUAUGGCCGUCAAUUUCCUGGAGCGUAGCGGAGUCAAAGACUGGAAAACGCAACGGGACGGUGUCCUGGUCAAACUCGACGAGGGUAAAACUGAAAUGCCCAGCGGAGCCGGCAUGGUGGCACAUCAUCUACUUGGUAAUGAUACCUUUGAUGGGACUAUCUUUCAGGGAGAGAUAAGGCGAAUCGCUUUCAACGGCGUGGCUCGUCUUCCGUACUCAAGCAUGUGGCUCUACCUGCAGGACCCGCCUGAGCACAACCACUAGGCCAGGAUAUUACCCGGAAUGCAUUUCUACAACGGGAUGGGACGUUGAUGUAAAUACUGGCAGUUUUUAAUUGGCUUAAUUUAUAAGAUGUGCACGCC